ACUGCGUCUGUUAAACGUGAUCUAGACGUUCUCUGCUCAGUUGCUAUUCACGUAUGUUCUGGAGGGGUAGGAAUUACAUAGUGAGCUUUUUUUUUCAUUUGUAAUCUUCAGUAGCAGUCUCCUAGAACCGGCAUUAUGGACGAAAUGGAGGAAGAAUUAAAAUGUCCCGUGUGUGGAUCUUUUUUUCGGGAGCCGAUUAUUUUGCCGUGUUCCCACAAUAUUUGCUUAGCCUGUGCUCGAAAUAUUCUAGUGCAGACACCCGACGCCGAAUCUCCGCAGAGCAGCCGGGCAUCUGGUUCUGGGGUUUCCGACUAUGAUUACCUUGAUUUGGAUAAGAUGAGCUUGUACAGUGAGGCCGAUAGCGGUUAUGGUUCUUAUGGGGGUUUCACUAGUGCCCCGACCACACCUUGCCAGAAAUCACCAAACGGGGUGCGGGUUUUUCCUCCUGCCGUGCCGCAUCCUUCUCAGCACCAUUUACUUCAGCAUCCUGGUUCCUUGCCUCCUGUUCCUCGCAACUCCUGCAUCACUUGCCCGCAAUGCCAUCGCAGCCUUAUUCUCGACGAUCGAGGGCUCCGCAGUUUCCCCAGAAAUCGUGUGCUGGAGGGGGUGGUCGACAGAUACCAACAUAGCAAAGCGGCUGCUCUUAAAUGUCAACUUUGCGAGAAGAGUCCUAAGGAAGCCACGGUUAUGUGCGAGCAGUGCGACGUAUUUUAUUGCGACUCGUGUCGUCUACGAUGCCAUCCACCUCGGGGUCCACUUGCUAAACAUAGACUGGUACCACCGGCGCAGGGCCGGAUAAGUCGCCGGACGAGUCCCAGAAAAACAUCUACCUGCACAGAACAUGAGCUUGAAAAUCUCAGUAUGUAUUGUGUUCAGUGUAAGACGCCGGUGUGUUAUCAGUGCUUGGAGGAGGGCAGGCACUCAACGCAUGAAGUAAAGGCGCUGGGAGCUAUGUGGAAACUUCACAAGGGACAGCUCUCACAGGCACUGAAUAUCCUAUCAGAAAGGGCCAAAGAAGCUAAGGAGUUCCUGGUCCAGCUGAGAAACACGGUACAGCAAAUUCAGGAAAAUGGUGUGGAAUUUGAAGCCUGUCUGGUUGCACAAUGUGAUGCUCUUAUUGAUGCACUCAGUCGCAAGAAGACUCAGCUUCUGUCCCGUGUCAACACAGAGCAUGAACACAAGUUAAAGGUUGUACGGGAUCAGAUCUCUCACUGUACAGUAAAGUUGCGUCAGACUACAGGCCUUAUGGAAUAUUGUUUGGAGGUCAUCAAAGAAAAUGACCCAAGUGGGUUCCUGCAGAUCUCAGAAGCCCUUAUCCGAAGAGUUCAUUUGACUGAGAGCCAGUGGGGAAAGGGCACAUUGACGCCAAGGAUGACGAGUGACUUUGACCUGACUUUGGACAGCAGUUCACUGCUUCAGACCAUCCAUCAGCUAGACUUUGUGGAGAUGAAAGUGCCAGCAGCACCAAUGCUUCAGUUGGAGGAUUGCUGCACAAAUAACAACAGUGUCACCCUAUCAUGGAAGCAGCCACCCCUGUCAACCGUCACUGUGGACGGCUACAUCCUGGAGCUGGAUGAUGGCAAUGGGGGCCAGUUUAGGGAAGUGUAUGUUGGAAAAGAAACUAUAUGCACGGUGGAUGGGCUGCAUUUCAACAGCACUUACAAGUCUCGUGUGAAAGCCUUCAAUGUUAGUGGAAUGAGUCAGUGCAGCAAAACUCUGAUCAUCCAAACCUCAGAGACAGGACUUCCUCCAUGUGAUAUAGCAACAGUUUUCAAAACGGAAGUGCUCCAUGCCACAGGGGGCAGUAUUCAACUCUUGAUAUUGUGCCUCUGACACCAGUAUUAUCUGACACCACCUAUAUAUCUGUUAAAACUGUUGUUGGACUGCCUGGAAGACAUCAAAGCCUGGGUGGCAUUAAAUUUUUCAAACUUCAAUGACAGUAAAACUAAGGUCCUGAUUUUUCAGUCCAGUGGGACCAGUGAUUCCCCCCACAUUAACCUAGGUUCCCUGGAACCUUACAUUAAGUCUUCCGGUCAGCCAAGCUUCCAUCUCCCACUUACAGCUGGUACAGAAAGUUGCGGCAUGUCUCUUAACAGGCAUUAAGAGGUGUGACCACAUCACACAAGUACUUCCAUCCCUCCAUUGGCUACCAAUACAGUUUAGGAUAAACUACAAGGUUCUCCUGUUCUCCUUUAAAGCUAUAAGAGGACUAGAGACCUACCUUACUGACCUGAUUACUCCUUAUACCCCAGCUAGGUCUCUCAGAUCUGCUGAUCUGUUUUUGUUGACUGCCAGAAGGUCUAGGCUAAAACAGAGAGGUGUUUGGGCCUUUUCUGCAUGUCCUGGCCCCUAAACUGUGGAAAGGCACCGUCACUGCCUGUUUUUAAAUCUCAUCAUAAAUGCCCUUUUAUUCCUUAGCUUUUAAUUCAGUAUGAGAAUUGUUUGACAGUUGUCACUGUUUUUAGUCUCUUAUUGUUUUUUAUUUUUCAGUUAUUUCUGUGUUCUUUUAAAUUCUUCUUACAUUGUUUUGUCAUUUGUGUUGUUUUUAAUGGUUUAUCGUCUGUACAGCACUUUGGGUUCAACUCCUGUUGUUUACAAGUGCUCUGUAAAUGAAUAAAUAAACCUACAGUACCUGUUUAGUGUUGACGGGCUGCAAAUUCAGAAAACACUUGAAUGAAAUAAGUUUUGGAUUUAGAUUAUGAACAGAAAUAACAUUCACUUUAUGUUUUAGAGCAGUGUCAUAAAUGGACAAAAACAAGUCUGUUGGUGGACAUAAUUGAGUAAAUCACUUUUAUGUCAUGACUGCUUUAUUUAACCCAUGCAACAGAUAUGGGCAUUUAUUGAUUUCUGUCUUUAUUUUGAGACAUGUGUUCAGAAUAAAGAAAAUGUCUAUAUUGAAUAGUUGUUGUAUAUUUUCAAACAAGGAAAGAAGCCCACAUAUUGUUUUAAUAGUUUGUUAUACGUUAUGUGGUUUUUUAUUUAAAACUGUACAUUUGAUGCACUUAGAAAAUAUUGUGUAUUGCUAUUUUGGCUAAAAAUACCGAUAUGGUUUUUGGUCUGUAUCGCCCAGCCCUAUGGAAUAUACAGAAGAGAAACAUGCAGUCUCCCCAAGUUAUGGAGUGAGGACGGCCCGUUGGAUGUGUUAGCUGAUUAUGACUGCAUUUACAUGCCAUAACCUGAUUAUGGUAUUUACAUGUGUUUUUAAUAACACAAGUACUGUGUCUACUCUGGAAUCGGGCCAUUAAAAACACAUGCAAAAUUUUACUCAGGUUAUUGCAUGUGAAUAUAGUCAUUGUUCGCAAAAAAAACACACAUACAUUGCUAAUUGAAUGGGAGUGCAUUAGCAACUUAAGUAGUUUAAACCAGACAACUUAUUGUGUCCAACAGUGUACAGUAAGUUGCUAACAGGGGUUUUUGGGAAACACACCCUGGUUUGAUUGUAGUUGUGAUAUAUCUUAUUUUGAAAAUAUAUCGAUAUAUCAAAAAGCCCUAACAGUCUGUCUACUAUUCUGUAGUUUAAUACUGUACAACCUUGAUCAGCAGGUUGAUUACUGCCCCCUGUGGCAUGGAGCACUUCCGUUUUGAAAAUUGCAAUACACUAAGAGAACACACCACAUUAAGGAAACUAACUUAAUUUUUGUCUUGAUGGUUUUGUAUCAAACUUUUGUUUUUGGUUUCCUUAAUGUUUUUGCAUUGUGUUAUUGUUGACGUACUCUGGGCUUUCAGGGCCACCGUAGCUACAGCCAUGGACCAGGUAAAGCAAAUGUUUUUCUCCUAAUUUGAUAAUUGUUAUCCGAAAAAAUGCAGCAGCUGUGUUACGCUGGUAGCUGCUAGAUUCAGGAGUUUUUGACAUGUAACUUGACCAUUGUACAACAUGUAGUAAAGUUGUCCUGGUUAAAUAUAAGAAUGAUUAUUUUUCUCUUUGGGCUGUGGCAGUUAAACAGACAGACUAAUGUCAGCUAAGGUUAGACACUUAAAUUGGUUUUUCAAUCAUGUCCAGGGUAAGUGAAUUUUCUCUUUCUUUCAGCCCUAAAUGCAAUGCUCAAAAAAAUUAAAGGAACAUUUUGAAAACAUCAGAUCUUAAUGAAAAAAAAACUAUGCUGGAUAUCUAUACUCAUAUGGACUGGAUAAUCUGUUAGGAAUGAGGUCUGAUGGAAAAUAAUAUUCUCAGCAAUACUCUCCUAUAACCAUUUUAUCAGACCCCGUCAAGGGAAAGAGAUGGGAUGUACCAGAAAGAUGUUCAUAAGUCUCUUAUACCAGGGCAGAGGCCUCGGGUAAGCUAUGAAUAUGGCUAUGUAAUGAUCCCUUGCUUUGAAUUGAAGAGAAUGAGCCUCCAGAUUGACUUGCACCUCCAAGACCCUGCUUUCUAAUGAAUGUAAAAUACCAAAUUUAUUUGAAUUAUAAUUAUGCUAUAGACUAUGUUGUAUCCAUUAAUAGAUAAACUGGAAUUGUCCCACUGUAAUCUUUUCACUUCGAUAUUAACAUCACUAAAAUUACUUACCAUAUAGCAUAGAACGAAUGCUUGCUCAACACAAUGCCCAUACACAGAUGCUAUAUAAAAUCAAUGAUGAUUUAUUAUGUCAAAUAACACCACUGUAAUAAUUAAACAAUACACCCACACAAACAAAUACCAGAUAGGUACACAAAUACAUCAUAUAACCAUAUAUAUUCUUAAUUGUAUAUUUAUCAUUCUUAACCAUAUAUUUAUGAAUUGUGGCGAGCAUGAGAGAGAGAAUGCGAAGACACACUGAUCUUCAAGCAAACGUCUUUUUAUUUCUCAGCUUUUGGAAGCUUUAAAACAGACUUGCAUACAAAGAGUACUGUGCCCCCCACUGACAUGCUCCAGUACUGCUACUCAACCCAACACAGCAACUCUCGCUCGCUCGAUGUGCUGUUUCUCUAUUUUUCCCUAACCCAUCGAGACCGCUAAGUCUGAGACCAAGGCAAGACCAAGACCAAAUAGAGUUGAGACCAAGACAAGACCGAGACCACAUAAAAAAAAAAAGGUCUCGAGACCAACACCGGUCUCAAGAACUACAGCACUACGACCUGUGCCACCUCUGUAGGGUCCAGGUAUCACAUCAUGCUACCAGUAGUGACACUGGCCAUAGCCAAAUGCAAAACUAGUGAACAGUCAAGAAAAGAUGAGGAGGGAAAAAUGUCAGUGGCCUUCACCUGUUAAACAAUUCCAGUUUUGGGGAUUUUCUUAUUGUUGCCCAUCUAGUGCACCUGUUGUUAAUUCCAUUAACCCCAAAGCAGCUGAAAUUGAUUAACAAUCCCCUCUGCUACGUAACUGACCAGAUCAAUAUCCCAGACGUUUGACUUGAUGCUAUACUCUGAUUAAAAAGUGUUCCUUUAAUUUUUUGAGCAGUGUAUAUAUUGCCUCUAAGUUCUGUAUAGUAAAUUUAAAAUCAAAUGUCUGUUUUUCUUCUGGUUAUUGAGGUCAAAACUGUCCUGCAAAACAGACUGAAAGGGGAACACCUUGUUGCCUGUCUGAUAAUAUCAAUAAAUGGACCAGCACCAGAGGUGUCUUUGAAAAAGCCAGAAAGGUUAAGGAUGUACUCAUAUUAGCUGAUCUGUACCAUGCCCAAGCAUGCUUGACCCAAAGUCCUGUUGACUAGUGUGAUCUACCUGAACAAUGCUUGGGUACAGUAUGCUUAAUUUUGAAUUAAAUAUACAUAAUAUCUAUCAGGGGAAAUGGGGCACCCUUGCCAUUUCCUCUCCCAAUCUGAAACCAUUUAUAAGUCCCCUGUGCCAAUCCUAUUAUAUAAAGUCUUUAUAGCUUUAACAAAGUACUUCCCAAAGCCAAAAAAAUCAAUAUCUCUAAAUAAAAAAUCAUGCUCUAUUGUAUCAAAUGCUUUGUGGAAAUCAAUAAACAACAUAAAACUUUAAUCCAGUAUAUAGUUGCUAUAAUCUACCAUGUCUAAUACUAAUCGAAUAUUAUUACUAAUGUGUCUUCCUUUAAGAAAUCCAGGCUGCUCUUCAUCAAUGAUCUGAGCUAAACCUGUUUUGAGUCUUUCGUCCAAUAUUCCUAGAUACCUCGUCCCACUGUUCUGCUUAUUUCCACUAUGUGUCAGCAGUGCUUCCCUCUUGGAGCAGUACUUAGACAUAAAAAAAAACAACAUGACCAACAAGCUUAAGGUGCAGCUGAUUAGCAGUCAAGGGAAACACAGGGAGCAGACAAGCAGUUCCUUUUUAAACCUGGUAUCCCGGGCAUCACUGCCUGCACAAACUGUGAAAUAUUUGGUAAAAUGUGGAAUUGUCUUCUUUUACAUGUAGCAUGAAUAAAUAAAAAUUGAUGUGUUGCAUACUAGAUAAAUCUAUGUGUGUCACUAUAAGGACAUUAAUCAUUAAUUCCAUUGUGCUGUGCGAUUGCGUUUUGCUUCCUCUGUUUUCUUUAACACAAAAAGUCACAUGGUGCAUGCACGGGCCCGGAUUGUUAAGUGUAAUGUGAGCAUAGACCAGUGGGCAUGGAGUACAGUUGUGCUUGGGCAUGGUACAAGGCAACUGGUCCAAGUGUAAGUGCACCCUAAGUGCUCUGACAAACAGUGCCAUCGUUGUACACAGUAUAGUCUUCUUUUUUUCUUUUUUACUUUGUCCUCCUAUGUGGAUAAAUAGAGGGAAGGGGUGGAUCUGUGAAAUAUAAUGAGAAAUUAAAAGAAAUAUUCAGUAAAUCAAAA